AUGUCUCGAUCAGAAUCUUCAAGUCCUGUAAAUUCAGAUGAAAGUAUUGAUAUCAAUGAUGAUGAAGAAGAUGUGUCACAAUCACCAAAACGACAUUUCCUUUCUUCACCUAUUAUGCAUCCAAACGGUUCCGUCAAUUCAAGCAAACCAUCGAAAUUAUCAUUUAGUAUCAGUCGCUUAUUGGGAGCCAAUAGUGACUCUAAUAAACACAAUGAGAGCGGAUCGACAUCUGAAUCGGUCGAUCAUGAAAUGUCUGAAUGUGUGACCACUGAAAGUGCUGUUAAAUCGCCGUCCAUAACAUACCCACCUUCUCCGUCAUCGUUGUCACCAAAUAUGAACAAUAAAUACAGUCUUUCAUCACAUCGUAUAUCAUCAAUGAGUCCCUACGAAACAGCAUUAAACCAUUUAACAGGAAAUCAUUACCAAUGGUUUGCUUCGACAUCAAAUACACUCAUUAGAGAUGGUCUUCAAAAGCUUCUUGAGCCCCCAAAGUUGCCUCCAGUCAAAUGUCAACUCAGACGACAUAAGUCUAACCGAAAACCGCGGACACCGUUCACAACACAACAGCUUUUAGCACUCGAGAGGAAGUUUCGCUCAAAACAGUAUCUCUCGAUUGCAGAGAGGGCUGAGUUCUCCAGUUCACUUAAUUUAACUGAAACUCAGGUCAAGAUUUGGUUUCAGAACCGAAGAGCAAAGGAGAAGCGUUUAAAAGAAGCCGAAAUAGAGAAGAUGCGAAUGGCUUCCCGACCUCUCUUACCUCAGGCCAUAGGUAUUGCCGGCUUUCCGGUCAGUCUUCAUAAUACGUCGAGUAUGGGUCACAACCCAUUUAUGCCGGUCUCCACUUCAAUGCCUCAUUCACUGCAUUCAUCCUCAUCUGUGGCAUCAUUGGCAGCGAUGACCACAUUCAGUGGUCACUCGCAUCCAAAUGACGUGAAUCUCACGCAACCGACACCACUGUUCAGUACAAGUCCUUCAUUACACGUCAAUUCAUCCGCUAAUAUGCGUCCAUAA